UCUAUGUAUGUCCUUUGUGUAGGCGGUGAGUGUCGGGACUGUUUGUAUAGGAAACACAACACUGUCGGUAUAAAUAUAUUAAUAUGUUGGCCUCGCCGCAGCACAGUGUCACAACAUAUUGAUUAGCUGUUGUGCAGAGCAACACGGCCCAAUAACGAAUUGCAAAUUCUGUAAGUGUGCAGCUUUGUGUUGAAGGAAAGAGGAAUUCCCGGCCUAUAAUUAGGCAUGACAAGAUAGACAGGUUGCACCCUGUUUAUAUGACUGAGGCGAGUUUCAGUGGCAAGAGGAACGUUAUUGUAGAAGAAACGAGCGGUUUUCUGGAGAAUCUCACACCACCACUCACCAUGAACGUCAACAGACUACUAACGGAGCGUAAUAUCCAAGAUGACCGGUAUGAUGUCGUCGAACUACUCGGGGAAGGAGGCUUUGGUGUGGUGUUUAAGGGGAAAAGAAAAGACGGGACUGGAGAGGCAUGCGCACUGAAAUACAUAAAAACAUCGAACAAAGAUGAAGUCAAUGAUUUUCUACAUGAAACCAAAAUCAUGGAGAAAUUGAACCACCCAAAUAUCAUCCGUUUCUUCGAGAAGUACGAAAUACCGCAUUACCGAGUCCUUGCAAUGGAGUGUGCCCCGAAAGAGCUCUACCACGAGCUGGGAAUUGUAGGGAGAUUUCCGGAAAACAGAGUACGUGAGAUUGCCAGUCAGCUGUUUUCUGCCGUCUUCCACCUUCACUCCAAAAGCAUCCUGCACCGAGACCUGAAGCCUGAGAACGUCCUCCUCAUGGACGACGGCACCGCCAAAUUGUGCGACUUCGGCUUCGCCCGUGAAUACUUCAUUGAAAUCGGACCACUGCCCACGACCAUCAAGACUACACCAAUAUACAUGUCCCCUGAAAUUGCCGACAACAACGUUGUCUACUACAAUGAGAAGGUGGACAUUUGGUCACUCGGGGCUAUGGCAUAUGAGCUGUUUCUUGGCAAACCGCCCUUCGAGCCCGACGAAUCAAAUGACGGACAAGAACAAGUGAGAACUCUUGUGCACUAUAUUGUACAUUCUGACGUGGAGUGGCCGGACAUCAUCCCAGCACAACCGACGUCGCUGUUGCAGCAGAUGUUGAAGAAGGAACCAAAACAACGUGCUUCCUGGGCAACUAUUUUAGACCACCCUUGGCUCAAUGGGGUUAUACAAGUGCCACCUGAAGAUCGUGCCAGAGUCAGUGCUUUCACAAGACCAGGAAUUCAAGAGCAAACAGGAGGGAGCAAUAACAUGGUUUACAUACACUCAGUUGGAGGCGAUGUGACCGAUGCUGUGGACUCCAAGGACGUUACAGACGGUGCCGGUGACAUGGACAUCAUUGUUCUCAUGUCACCAUCACAGCGCAGGGCUCGACGUGCUGCUCGAAUGAUGGCCCGAUGUCAUUAGGUUUACCUGACGAAAGAUGGGGUAGCGUAAUGGUUAGAGCGUUCGCGUGUCCAGUGGGAACCCCGGGUUUGAUUCUAAACGUGGGUACAUUGUGCCACGCCUAUUUCUGGUGCCCUCCCCUCGUAAGUUUGCUGGCACAUUACCAGAAGCGGCGUAAAACCAUACUCACUCACUCUGACAGAAUGGAUUGAGGACGACGGAUGGCUGUUAAAAGUUAAAAUCAUGUUUGCCGACAAAAGAUAAUAGUUUGUAGAUACAACUGAGCAUUGUUCCAUACCUUUUCGUUAAGAUAUUAACAAAAUAUUAUUUCCCCGUGAAGAGACCUGUUAACAGUUAUCACCGAUCUGUUUUAUUAACAAAAGUAUCAAACUUUGUUGUCGUCCACGAAGGUAAAGUACUUUAUUUAAUAAUCGUAUUUUACUGGGAGGGAGAAAUAUUAAAUACAUUGUAGUUACAUGCAUAAAAUGAUUUAUUUAUUGAAUUCAAUUAAAUUUGUGAAGGGAAAUAUUCUUUUCACAAGUUUAGCAGUUUCUGUAACACAGUCUGGUGUAGUCCCUCAUUAGUAACUGAGGAGCAAGAGGACACUAUACGUCUCAUUUAUCUGCUUCUUUUAAACAUUUGUUGAUUUAUAAUUAAUAGCAUGCUAAGUUAGCUAUUGUUUAAAUUAAAUUUUAUUGAUUCAGAAUAUUAACUAUCCAGGUGCGUAGUGAGCAUCAAAGAAUACUUUUACAUGGAUUAAUUUUGAACAUAUAAUUUGAUCUUAAACUCAUGAAAAAGAAAUUCCUUUGCUGAAUCCACAACAGCUGAUGUGUGUCUAAGACAUCACUUGUUCUUUUCGGCACGAGUGUGCAACAUUUCAAAUAUGGUAGGGGUCUAGUGGUUGCAAAUUCAUUUCUUAUCCAUGUCUUCAAUACAUUUAUAUACAAACCUAUCCGGCUGCAUGAUAAUAUUUUACAGAUUAAAUAAAUGUAUAGCUUCUUG